AUGUCGCGCCCCUCCGCCCCGAAAAGAAGAAGGCUCUCGCCGCCCGAAGACGAUGCGCCAACCCGUGACUCCAAGCAGUCGUUCUUGAAAAGCGCGGCGAAAUGGGACCUCGAGCAGGACUACGAGAACCGUCCACGGCGACUGGACAAGAAGAAGAAGAAGGGCGGGGACAAGCUGCCUGUGCGCACCACCGAAGGAUGGGUCGCCCCGCCUACUGCUGCCGUGGAGGUCAAGAGCGAGGAUGAAUCAGCCAGCUUUCUGGGCUCUGGCAGCGACGGCGAGGCAGAGGACAUGGAGGUCGAGCAGGAGGAGAAGAAGCCCAAGAUCCCCGCGCGACAGCAGAUUCUCGAGGCGAAAGAGGAGCUGGCCCGCAUUGCAAGCUUGGUCAACGAGGACCCGGAGGAGCACAUUGGCGCACUGAAAACACUGGGCGCCAUCGCCGAGUCCGAGAACAACACGGUCAAGAAGCUGGCUCUGGCUACCUCGGUCACCGUCUUCAAGGACCUGAUCCCUGGAUACAGGAUCCGUCCGAUGAGCGAGGAGUCCAUGGGCGAGAAGGUAUCCAGAGAAGUCAAGAAGCUGCGCCACUUCGAACAGAAGCUUGUCUCCGGCUACGAGACGUAUGUCAAGCUGCUGGCAGCGCUGUGCAAGUCGAGUGGAUCAAACGACGAGCAGAAAGCAGGUCUGGCGACAGUCGCUGUCAGCUGCGUGUGCAACCUGCUGACAGCGGUGCCGCACUUUAACUUCCGCAACGACCUGCUGAAGAUCGUUGUUGGCAAGCUGAGCACAAGACGCGUCGACGCCGACUUUGUGAGGUGUCGGGAAGCACUGGAGAAGCUGUUCGAGGAGGACGAAGACGGCAACGUUUCGCUCGAGACAGUCACUUUGUUGACCAAGAUGAUGAAGGCAAAGCACUACCACUUCGACGAGAGUGUGCUGAACACAUUCCUCCACCUCCGCCUCCUUUCCGAAUUCCACCAGAAGGCCUCGUACCACUCCGUCGACAAGGACGAAGACGAAGAACACGCUAAGAAGGUCAAGCAAAAGCGCGAGUUCCGGACAAAACGGCUACGAAAAGAACUCAAAGAGAAGAAGGCGAUUGCCAAGGAGAUGAAGGAGGCCGAUGCGGCCGUUUCCCACGAAGAGCGCGACAGAAUGCAAGCCGAAACCCUGAAGAUGGUCUUCGUAUGCUACUUCCGCAUCCUCAAAGCCCGCUCACCAAAGCUCAUGGGCGCUGUCCUGGAAGGUCUGGCGCGCUACGCCCACCUCAUCAACCAAGAUUUCUUCGGCGACAUCCUCGAAGCUCUGCGCGACAUCAUCGCCACGGCUGAAGUCUCCGCCGCCGCCGACGUAUCGGAGGACGAAGACGCAGAAUCAGACGACGAAGAUAACGAAGCACCAGAGCGCAACCUCUCUCGUGAGUCUCUGCUGUGCGUAAUCACAGCCUUCGCUCUGCUCGAAGGGCAGGACGUACUCAAACAAGCCUCAACCCUCAAACUCGACCUCAGCUUCUUCAUCACACAUCUCUACCGCACCAUCCACCCAGUCUCGCUGAACGCCGACAUCGAACUGAGCUCCAAGAGCCUGCACCUCCCGGACCCCGGCGCGCCAGAAACCCACCAGCCCCCGAGCAACAACAAAAUCAACGUGCAAACCACCAUCGUCCUGCUCAUCCGCUCCUUAUCCUCCGUGCUCCUCCCCGCCACCGCCCUGCGCGGCGUACCACCUAUCCGCGUCGCCGCCUUCACAAAGCAACUCAUGAGCAUCUCACUCCAACUCCCCGAGAAGUCUUGUAUCGCCAUGCUCGGGCUGCUAAACCGCGUUUCCAGAGCACACGGCAAGAAGGUAGCGCCGUUGUGGAAUACAGAGGAACGACGAGGCGACGGCGUGUUCGAUGCGCUGAAGCCCGAGUUCGAGGGCAGCAAUGCCUUUGCGGCGACGGUGUGGGAGGGCGAGAUCCUCAGACGCCACUAUAGCCCUGCGGUUCAGGAGGCGCUCAAGGGCAUCGAGGGGAAUGUCAAGGAGGCUAUGAAGGGGUAG